AUGCAUCCAAAUAAUUUGUCUGAUGAAUUAUCUAUUGAUUUGCUUACGCAUGAUUUUAAUUCUCGUUCAUUUCUCAUGUCUCUUCGUCGACAAAAUGAAAAACAUCGAGAAAUAUGUACAAUGAAAGAUGAUCGUUAUCAUCCUUCAAAAUAUUGUUCAUUUGAUAAUCCACGCGGUUUUAUUCGUAUAAAUAAACAUUAUAAUUCUUCAAUAUUUUCUCAUAUAAUUAAUGAAAAUGGUAUUAUAAUUAUAGAUGAUCUUAGUAAACAAUUACUUGAUGAUAAUUUAUCGAUUGUUCAUCAUCGUUGGCAAAAAUCAAAAAUAUUAUUUUCUAACAAAAUUAAAUAUAUACAAUCUGAUUUAAGUUCACAGACAAAUAUAUCAUUGAAGAAAACAAUGUAUGAAUGUCAAGGAGCUCUUUUUAAUUGGAUUUCGAAAAAUCGAUUGAGAUAA